UCAUUUCUCACAUACAGAGGUUAGUGGGAGUGUUCAUAAGUGAGAAGCUGCUGCUGCAGUCCUAUUUGAACUGUGUUCAUCGCGCUCUGCUCUCUGAUCCACCAUGAAGCUGUAUGUGAUCGUUCCUCUGUGUGCUCUGAUCACCCUCACCCAACAGGCACCUUCCCGUGAUAAGUGUGUGUGUGAAUUUACUAAUUCAGAAAAGGUAUUCCCUCAUGAUAAACUCAGCACAGCGGAGGACAAUGCAUCAAGAUGCAACACGUACAUCACCCCUCGGAAGACCCUGGAGCUGGAGAGUCUGAUGCUGGGUUUGGAACGACGUCUACCCCGGCUGGAGGAAGACGUAGCGACCCUGGAGAGGGAGGAUGACGGAGAGCUCUAUGGAGUUAUCAGCCUGCAGGUGAUCGAGAACGAACUGCUGGAAAUCAUGCAGCUCAUUGACCGGCUUAACAGCACCACCCUGGAAGACCAGCAUCUUGCUAUUAAUGCCACUAAACAGCUGGAGGACCUAAACGCAGAGAUGAAGGAGCUGGAGACCUACGAUAUCACGGGCUUGGUGAAGAGACAACGAGAAAACCAGCUUCUGAAAAGCAACCUGACCAAGUGCAGAAAUAGACGCCCCACCACGCAACCCACUGAGCCUCCACGCGGUAACUGUCCCCGUGGUCAGUUCCAGAACAUUACCGGGCCGAGGAUGUACAUAGAAGGAGAAUAUCCUGGGUCCUACAAGUAUGGAGCCUGGGGUCGGGAUUCCAAACCAGAGGCUGGGAAGGAGAGCUGGCACUGGCUGGUGAUGAUGACCUCCAGCGAUAGAUACUCCAACUACAUCCGUCUCUACUCCAGCCUGAGCGCUCUCAUAGUUGGGCAGAGCACACCAGGAAAUGUCGAGAUCCACUCAUCUAACCCAACCACCAACACCAUCCAGGGUCCAAAUGUUGUUAUGUAUAGAGGGGCCUUGUACUACAACUGUUACAACGAAGAUGAAGUUUGUCGAUUCAAUCUCAACUCCAAAACUGUGGACAACAUAAAACUGCCCAAAGGUACCAGGUAUAACUCAAAGGGUAACUUCUGCCACCUUGAUGAAUGCUACCCAUUCACAGACCUGGACCUGGCUACAGAUGAGUCAGGUGUCUGGGUGACCUACACCACCAAACAGGACUUUGGCAACCUGGUGCUGUCCAAGGUGGAGGAUGAUGAACCACUCAGACUUGGCCAAACCUGGCACACCUCAGUCUACAAGCAGGGCAUGACCAACACCUUUAUGGUGUGUGGUGUGCUCUAUGCAACACGGUAUGUCGACAAAGAAACUGAGGAGAUCUUCUAUUCGUUUGACACUACCACUGGGGUAGAGAAUUUCAACCUUGGCAUCUUCUUCAAAAAGAUGUAUCCCAACAUUUUGUCCCUGAACUACAGCCCUGUGGACCAGAUGCUACAUGCCUACUGUGACUCCUACAUGGUCUCCUAUAAGGUUGUGUUUUCAUAAAAAGAUAAUGCAACCACAUCUUCUAUAAAAUCUUGUACUUAAAUAAGGGCUUUGUUAAUCAAGCAAGAAAACUUAAGUCAUAAAAAAGGCCAAAAAAGCAAAAAGGGGGGAUGUGAAAUAACCUGUGCUAUACAUGUUACAUUAAGCAUCAUGUGUCUUUGCAUUCUAAUAAAUAAUAAACCGUU